AGAUUGAGCUAUAACGAACUAGAUCGUCAUGAUCGGAAUAUUUUUCUAUACCUUGCAUGUUUUUUCAAGACAGUUUCAGAAGAGCAGGUCACAUUUCUUCUUGAUGCGUGCGGAUAUUCAACAGCUAUUGUGUUAAAAACUCUUCAAGACAAAGCUCUUAUUUCCAUUUUAAGCAGUGAAGUGACGACUUGCUUCGAGAAAUGGGACGUGAAGUAGUUCGUGAAGAGUCUCCCAAUGAUCCAGGAAAGCGCAGUAGAUUAUGGGAUUCUACUGAUAUCUAUAAAGUAUUGAAAUAUGACACGGGAACUGAAACUAUUGAAAGCAUAACAUUAGACAUGUCAAAAAUUGACAUGCUAAGCUUGCAUCCUCAGAUAUUUGCAAGAAUGUACAAGCUCAAGUUUUUAAAUGUUCAUUCAUGGGAUGGUGAGCAUAGGCUCUGUGCUCCUCAUGGUAUUGAAUCCUUGUCAGAUGAGCUGAGAUUUUUUCAAUGGGAAGACUACCCUUCGAAAUCUUUACCAUUGUCUUUUUGUGCGGAAAAUCUUGUGGAAAUUAUAAUGCCGUCUAGUCAGUUGGAGAAGCUUUGGGAAGGUGUCCAGAAUCUUGUAAAUCUGAAGCUAGUAGAUCUUAAUUAUUCAUCACACCUAGUCGAGCUCCCAGAUUUCUCCAAGGCCCCAAAUCUUGAAGAAGUAAAUGUUUCCAACUGCAAGAGUCUGCAGCAAGUUCCCCAAUCUGUUUUGUCUUCUCAAAAGCUGGGUUAUCUCUUUCUAAAUGAUUGUAAUGAACUAAGAAGUUUCCAGCACAACAUUCAUCAUCAAUCUCUUAAGACACUCUCCUUCCAUAGCUGCAUUGGUCUCAGAGAGUUCUCGUUGACACAGCUUAACCACGGCACAGACAAAUUGGUGUUAUCAGCUCCGCUUGAACGGCUAAAACUGGAUUACUGUUCCAACCUUUCUCUGCUGCCAGACAAUAUAAGCAUGCUUUCAUCAUUGAAGGACUUAUCAAUGUGUCACAGCAGUGUGAGAAGCUUGCCCGAAAGCAUUAAGCAUCUGUCACGGCUGAAAUACCUCAACUUGAGUAAUUGCGAGAAGCUUCAAUCAAUACCAGAGCUUCCAUUGUCCAUUUUGGUGUUAAUUGCUGUUAACUGCACAUCAUUACAUACUGUUUUCAUGGCUGAACCAAUCAAAGAAGAGAAUUUCGGAUAUAAAACAUUUGCAUUUACCAAUUGUGUUAAGUUGGAGCAGGCUACAAUCCAGGCCAUUAUGGCAAACGCCUAUGUCAGAAUACAGCAAGCAGCAAACGCAUGGCUACCAACAGCACAGAGGAAUGAGUACUAUUAUGCAAACUUUGAUAAUAAUUAUGAACUCAGGGUUCAUGUUUGCUUACCAGGAAGCCAAGUUCCAGGAUGGUUCAGCUAUAGAACAACCGAAACUUGCAUGACUGUUGAACUUGUCCUACUUGCUUCUAGUAUCAGUAUGUUCCGAGGUUUCAUCUUCUGUGCUGUUCUUCCUCCUAGAGAGGAAAAAGGCUUAGGCUCGGAAAGUUUGAAAUGUUCUUACUUCAUUGAAACGAGUGAUGGUCCAAGCGUGCGUGAUCAGAGUUCGUGGGUGAUAUAUGACCGUGCAGUUGAUAAGGAAUCUGACAAUGUGUAUAUGUGGUAUGAUAGGCAAUGCUGCAUUGAUAUGAUGAGGAGAACGAAACAAGACAAAGUAAGUGAUGAAGAUAAUGUUCAUAAGUACAAGGUAUUAUUUGAUUUCCAUUACUCCCUUAAUUCCACAGGAAUAAAAGAGUGUGGUGUCCAUCCAAUAUAUGUCUCGGAUACUAAAUCCAAGAGAAGACCAGAGAUAACUCAAGUUGAUGAGAACCAAGGUGAUCUAGAGCUGGAAGAACCACUUUCUUCCACAAAUAGGAACUUUAAAAUGGAAUACUUUUCUUCAAGGGAGCUUUCUGCUACACAGCUCAGCAGCAAGGAUGAUCAAGAGCAGAAUGGGAAAAUUACUCCUUUUCAAUUCAUGUAUAGGAGGAGAGUGAAGAAGAAAAUAAAGGAAUGA